AUGGCCACAUCAUCUACGUCCUCGGAUGCAUCUUCCACAUCCUCAACCAAGAAAUAUAACCUCCGCAAUCCCCUCCCACUCUCUGCCACCCAGGAACAAGAAGUGAAGCAGCUCUACUACAAGCGCGUACGGGGACAUUGCGCCGAUGAGAUCAAGGCCUUCGCCCAAUGCGCUGUCAACCGCACCGUCACAGCAACAUGGGUCUGCCGGCAACAGCGUCUCGCCAUGAACUCAUGCAUGCUCGCUCACGCCAAACCGGAGGAGCAAGACCGCGCGCGCGAGGAGUGGUUUGCGACCCAUGGGGAACGGCGACGUGCGAAGGAAGAGGAGCUUUUGCGCGUUGAGCAGCGGAGGGCGGAGGUGAUUCGCAUGAUGCGUGAGGAUGAGGAGCGGAGUCGGCAGGAGAAGGCUGCACGGUGA